AUGUCUACCUCGUCUUAUCACACCUCGAGAAGUAAACAACCAAUUCCUCCGGUUCGUCAUAGAUCUUCUUCGGCAGUACGUUCGGGAACUAAUUCGUACAACAGCAGACCUAGAAGUGUCGGGUACUACGGCAGCAAUUCUAACAACCCUUACGGAAGUAAUUCCAGCAACCAUUAUGGAAGUAAUUCUAGCAACCCUUAUGGAAGUAAUUCUAAUUCUUAUGGUGCUUAUAGCUCUCCUUACAACAGUUCGUUAUCCUCUUAUGGCGGAUAUAAUUCUUCUUAUGGAUCAAGCUAUCAAAGUCCGUAUUUCCCGAAUGGUUAUCGCGGCUCUACGGGAUCCAGCGGCUAUGCUAGCUUAACGAUUCCUGCUAAAUCAUUGACAAAUGUUUUGACGCAGAAUUAUUCCAAAUCGUACGAUAAUAAUCGAGAUUAUAUUAAGAAUGAUGCUGCUAGAAGGUCCAGGCGUGAACAACUUGCCAGAGGCAAUAGCUAUCGAGAUAGAUCAGUUUCGAGAUCCAGAAGCUCAUUACCUGGUAGUGGAAUGGGUAGCAGAUCUCUUAGUUUGACUUCGUUGAAUUCUGAAGGAUAUAUUAGUGGUUCUGAAAGGAGUAGUCGAUCACGUAUCAGCAGUACCGUAGACAUAAGAAACGAAAACGGUGAAAUAGAUUAUAAAAAAUUAUACGAAGAGCAGCUGGUAGAAAACGACAGGCUAAAAGACAAACUGAGAAAAUCUGACGAAGACUUGAAAGAAACCAAGCUAACCUUAGAAAGAAUAAAUCUAGUGACUAGUAAAAAUUCUCUAUCCGAAUUAGAAAAAAGAGAAAGAAGAGCCAUGGAACGAAAGUUGAGCGAAAUGGAAGAGGAACUAAAGCAAUUGCAAAAAUUGAAAGCCGAAAACGAAAGACUAAAGGCGGACAACCGGUCUUUGACGCGAGUGGUCAACAAACUCACCAAUUCGGCUAAAAAAUAGAAUUUGGAGAAUCUUAAGUCCGAGAACCAGAGAUUGAAAGACGAAAACGGAGCCCUCAUCCGGGUAAUCAGUAAACUGUCAAAAUAGCAUAAGUCCUAACUUUAUCUAUCAGUUUUUUUUUGUUUUUUUGUUAUUAGUAUGUGUAUUCUGUAUGCAUUUUAGGGCGAGGGCCAAAAGUUGAGUGUAAUUUUUUGACGCGUAUUAAGACAAAAAUUUUUGGCCCACGCUCUACUAUUUUAAGAACCUUCACUGUAUUUAUUUUUUAGAAUUAUUUAUCGUUAAAAAAUUUUGUACAUUUUUUGAAGUAUUAGUGUUCUUAUUAUUAUUAUUAUUAUUAUUAUUAUUGAUUGUUGCAUCGGGGGUGACCUCCUUUGCUGCUUGACCCUUUCCGACCCCCUUGUUUGCUAUAUUUAUUUUUUUAUUUUGUAUUUAUUAUUGGCAGGAUUUAUGUUGAUCAUGAGAUUAUGAGAUUUUCCGAAUUUUGACUGUUUGACAUCUGAGAGAAUAGGAUGGAAGUCCCAGGUUCCACGAUCAUCAUCCAGUUAAUGUAUGAAUAAUUGUUUAAUAAAGUUAUAAAAAUGCCAAUAGGAAUUGGUGAAUCAAAAACUUGACAUCAUACAUCAACUAGAUGACAAAGUGGUCCACUACCGCUCCGACUAUCUCUUGCUUCAAAAUAAUUAUGGGAGAGAUUUUUUCCCCAAAUUUUGUAUUGCUUAAUUUUUGUUGUGAUAGUUAACAAAAAAUAAAAAAAUUCCUUGUGAUUUUUCGCGUCCCGCUAACACUUUCAUGUAUGCCUUGAUUAUUUGCAUUUCCUUUUUUUUUUAUUUUAGUAUUUAUUUAUCUUAUAUUACUUGCUGAUUUCAUCAUCACAAUUUGUAGUGAUACAAGUUAUUCUUGACACAUAUUAUCGACAAAUAAAUUUUUCCUAUAAUGUAAGUGUUGUUCGAGUUUGCAGUCAAUUAUGUAAGAUAAAAUUUUGAAUACAUUGUUCAAUAAUUAGAUAUUAAAAGCGCAUCUUUGUAAGGUUCCAAUGAUUUUCUGAUUACAAUGUAUUAUGAUACAUAAUUAUGGUGCUAAUUUUUUGCAAUUAUUCAUUGUUUCUGUGUUUUUUUUUUUUUGCUUAGCUAUUGUUUUUGGUAGAAAUUAUUGUAACUACAAUUGCCAAUUUCAUUAAAAAAAAAUCAUCAUUGGCAACUGUAUAAUUUAUUUUGUGUUUUGUUAACGAGAAAAAAAAAAUAUGUUGUGUCUUGUUCCUUGUUUUUUCGUCGAACUAUGUGCCUUGCUUCAUACAUUUUUAUGAUUAUAUAAAGGUCUGUUCCAACACGUCAAAAACCAUCCAAUGAACGGUUUUAAAACCACUCUGUAUACGAAUUUCGGAUUCUAUGGGCAAAUUUCAGGUUUUGCGCAGAAUCGUGACGGUACAUUGUACGGUUUCCUGCUGUGUUGAAACAAAGCUUAAAUGUCUAUUUUUGUGUAAAAUGAUUUUUGGAAAAAAAUUCACUUUUUUUUUGUUAGAUGAUCCUAAAUUUUGUGAAUAGUGAUUUUAUAUAGCUGAAUAUUUAAUUAAAAAUUUUGAAUCUUGAAAAA